UAUAAAUUAAUUACGUUGAAUUAACAUAUAGUUGGUUCAAAUAAUUAAAUAACAAUUCUAUUGUUAACUAUGCAUUCUAUUAUUUAAUAAUGCGCCUCUCGCACGAGAGGCGCGCGCCUCGCCUCGCGCCUCACGCCUCGGAUUUUAAGACCCUUUACCGCUUCAGUGCGCCUCGCGCUUUUUACAACCAAGCUUAUCUGUAGUUAUAUUGUAUGGCGUUCUAUUUGUUUUGUACUAUAAAAGGGUAUUGCAAAGUUGCCUUUUAUUGAGGAGCAUCGUCUUCUUGAUGCAAUUGCACAAUUGGAGCACACAUCGACGAAGGAAGAAAUUAGGAGAAACAGAUUUAUUUGUGACAUGAUCUUUAUGUCUGCAUCUCAUCCCCUGGCUGAGGUGAUACGUACUCUGGAAAACAGAUGCAAAACAUUGGCAGGCAGAAGACGGCGUAAGAUCACGGAAAAGAUUGACCCUGAGUUAAGUGACGGGCUGAAUGGUUACUUAGCUCUAUGUUCUGGAGAAAGCCAGUCGCCAAGUUUCAGCUCCCCAAUCAAGGGAAUGAAGGAUAUUUUAGCCAAUGAAGUCAUUUGUACUACAUACAAACUUCCAGACCAGCACAAACACGUUGCUCGCCCACCAGCAGGAGUGGUGUUCCCAGAAAAGAUGGUGAAUGCAUCGGAUUUGGUAUCUAAAUCCGCCACGUGGCACGAAGAUGUCGUACGAAGCAAAAGGAAUAACCCUCCCGGAUCCAUUUCCGGGGUUCAACUCAGGGAAGCAGCACUCAAACUCGUGCGACGUAGUAUACAGCCAAGACCCAACCAUACCGAUGUCAACUCAGAAACGAACCCGUCAGCGUUACGCCCGACUUCCGUUUUCCAGAAUGGUGGAGACUGGAAAAGGGUCCUACCGUUUCCGUGUCUACGACUGACCGCAUAAGAAUGGUAAAAAGCAACAGAAAAGGCAGAAAGGUAAAGCAGAACCAAAGAUCAAGCAAACGAACGAUAAUUCUUCGCAAAGAAAAAGAAUAGACACAGGAUUCUGAACUAAUGUCAUGCCUUUCUGGUAGUUGUUAUUUGUACCAUAGUUUAUGUUCGAGAAAAUUUUGGUCACUAAUCAAUUCCUUUAGACGUCCUAGGAGAUUUUGGUGAAACUCGAUAGCUUAUUUCGUGGUAUCUGUAUCAUCGAGGCCUUUGUAGUGAGAUUUGGGACAUUGAAUAAGUUUUCUUUCAGUUUACCGAUGAACUAA